CUCCCAUGGAAGCUCCCGACUUCUUGCAGAAUCCUCAGCUCUCCACCUCCGACAACAACAUGGCCUCCGCCGACUCCUUUGUUGUCGACGACCUCCUUAACUUCUCCAACGUCGACGAUGAAACUCUCCUCCCCGACGACGCUUCCCUCCCUUCCCUUCCCGGCAACUCAACCAAUUCUUCCACCGUCACCGCCGUUGAUGCCUCCCCGGCUAGCCAACCUAAUGUUGUCUCCGAUAUUGACACCCGCAAUUUCCACGACCCCCAUUUUUCCGGCGAUCUCUGCGUCCCGUGCCGGUAUAUAUAUGCUUCUCUCACACCUUUUCAUAAACCAAUUCUUCCACCGUCACCGCCGUUGAUGCCUCCCCGGCAGCCAACCUAA